GGCCCUGCCUACGGUCCCGCCCCCUCCCGAGACAGGCUGCGUGCGCACCGCCCUCCCGUCGUCCCAGUGCGCACGCGUGGCAGCGGCCCCGCCCCCGUUCCCCCGGCGCUCGGAGCCCGAGUCCGCGGGAAGAUGGCGGCGCCACUCAUCCCCCUCUCCCAGCAGAUUCCCACUGGAAAUUCGUUGUAUGAAUCUUAUUACAAGCAGGUCGAUCCAGCAUACACAGGGAGGGUGGGGGCGAGUGAAGCUGCGCUUUUUCUAAAGAAGUCUGGCCUCUCGGACAUUAUCCUUGGGAAGAUAUGGGACUUGGCUGACCCAGAAGGUAAAGGGUUCUUGGACAAACAGGGUUUCUAUGUUGCACUGAGACUGGUGGCCUGUGCACAGAGUGGCCAUGAAGUUACCUUGAGCAAUCUGAAUUUGAGCAUGCCGCCACCUAAAUUUCACGACACCAGCAGCCCUCUGAUGGUCACACCGCCCUCUGCAGAGGCCCACUGGGCUGUGAGGGUGGAAGAAAAGGCCAAAUUUGAUGGGAUUUUUGAAAGCCUCUUGCCCAUCAAUGGUUUGCUCUCUGGAGACAAAGUCAAGCCAGUCCUCAUGAACUCAAAGCUGCCUCUUGAUGUCCUGGGCCGGGUCUGGGACCUCAGUGACAUUGACAAGGAUGGGCACUUGGACCGAGACGAGUUCGCUGUGGCCAUGCACUUGGUGUACCGAGCCCUGGAGAAGGAGCCCGUGCCCUCCGCCCUGCCCCCGUCCCUCAUCCCCCCCUCCAAGAGAAAGAAGACUGUGUUCCCUGGCGCCGUCCCUGUCCUGCCCGCCAGCCCCCCACCAAAAGACAGCCUCCGCUCCACGCCGUCCCACGGCAGCGUCAGCAGCCUCAACAGCACAGGGAGCCUGUCCCCCAAGCACAGCCUCAAGCAAACACAGCCAACAGUGAACUGGGUGGUGCCGGUGGCAGACAAGAUGCGAUUUGAUGAGAUAUUCCUGAAGACCGAUCUGGACCUGGACGGCUACGUGAGUGGCCAGGAGGUGAAGGAGAUCUUCAUGCACUCGGGCCUCACCCAGAACCUUCUAGCACACAUAUGGGCCCUGGCCGAUACGAGGCAAACGGGGAAGUUAAGCAAAGACCAAUUCGCGUUAGCUAUGUAUUUCAUUCAGCAGAAGGUCAGUAAAGGCAUCGACCCCCCUCAAGUCCUCUCGCCGGACAUGGUCCCGCCCUCAGAGAGAGGCACGCCCGGCCCGGACAGCUCGGGCUCUCUCGGCUCCGGGGAGUUUACUGGCGUGAAGGAGCUCGAUGACAUCAGUCAAGAGAUUGCCCAGUUACAAAGAGAGAAAUAUUCACUGGAACAAGACAUUCGAGAAAAGGAAGAGGCAAUCAGACAGAAAACCAGCGAGGUGCAGGAAUUACAAAAUGACCUAGACCGGGAAACAAGCAGUUUGCAGGAGCUUGAGGCUCAGAAACAGGAUGCUCAAGACCGCCUGGACGAGAUGGACCAGCAGAAGGCCAAGCUCCGAGACAUGCUGAGUGAUGUCCGGCAGAAGUGCCAGGACGAGACUCAGAUGAUCUCAUCAUUGAAAACGCAAAUCCAGUCUCAGGAAUCGGACUUAAAGUCCCAGGAAGACGAUCUGAACCGAGCCAAGUCCGAGCUGAACCGAUUGCAGCAGGAGGAAACCCAGCUGGAGCAGAGCAUUCAGGCUGGGCGAGUCCAGCUGGAAACCAUUAUCAAGUCCCUGAAGUCAACGCAAGACGAAAUCAACCAGGCAAGGAGCAAACUUUCCCAGCUGCACGAAAGCCGCCAGGAGGCCCACAGGAGCCUGGAGCAGUAUGACCAGGUGCUCGAUGGAGCCCAUGGCGCCAGCCUGACCGACCUGGCCGACCUGAGCGAAGGCGUCUCCCUGGCAGAGAGGGGCGGUUUUGGAGCCAUGGAUGAUCCUUUCAAAAAUAAAGCCUUGUUAUUUAGCAACAACACGCAAGAGCUGCAUCCGGAUCCUUUCCAGACAGAAGACCCCUUCAAAUCUGACCCAUUUAAAGGAGCUGAUCCCUUCAAAGGCGACCCGUUCCAGAAUGACCCCUUUGCAGAACAGCAGACAACUUCAACAGAUCCAUUUGGAGGGGACCCUUUCAAAGAAAGUGACCCAUUCCGUGGCUCUGCCACCGACGACUUCUUCAAGAAACAGACAAAGAAUGACCCAUUUACCUCGGACCCAUUCAUGAAAAACCCUUCCUUACCUUCGAAGCUCGACCCCUUUGAAUCCAGUGAUCCCUUUUCAUCCUCCAGUGUCUCCUCAAAAGGAUCAGAUCCCUUUGGAACCUUAGAUCCCUUCGGAAGUGGGUCCUUCAAUAGUGCUGAAGGCUUUGCCGACUUCAGCCAGAUGUCCAAGCCCCCACCUUCUGGCCCUUUCACCUCCUCCUUGGGAGGGGCAGGAUUCUCAGAUGACCCCUUUAAAAGUAAACAGGACACUCCUGCUCUGCCUCCGAAGAAACCCGCUCCUCCACGGCCUAAACCGCCCAGCGAAGCAAUGGCUGAACAGAAAAAUUCUGCAUUGUACACGCUGCUGGGUGGUAAAAGUACACCUGUAAGCCAGCUUGGUUCCGCAGACUUUCCCGAGACCCCCGAUCCAUUCCAGCCACUCGGGGCUGACAGCGGCGACCCGUUCCAAAGUAAAAAGGGGUUUGGGGACCCGUUUAGUGGAAAAGACCCAUUUGUCCCCUCCUCUGCAGCUAAACCUUCUAAGGCCUCUGCCUCGGGCUUUGCAGACUUCACCUCUUUUGGCAAUGAGGAGCAGCAGCUGGCGUGGGCCAAGCGGGAGAGCGAGAAGGCGGAACAGGAGAGGCUGGCGCGGCUGCGGCGGCAGGAGCAGGAGGACCUGGAACUGGCCAUCGCGCUCAGCAAGGCUGACAUGCCUGCCGCCUAGGCGAGGGCCGUGUGCAGGCGGGACAGGGCACGGGCAGGUUCCAGAGAGGGGGCAGUGCAGAUGUCUAUAUAUAUACACACACACACACCGUCGCCACCGCACUCCAAGGACCGGGACUCGGGAGCUCGUUCAGGGUGAGCAGACUGGCUGCAAGACCUGGAAAGGUCACAUCUCCUGGGGAAGCCCUUAUGGAGGCCUUGGCCACCACUUCUACAGGUCCGUCUCUCCACUGUGCCAUCCCCCCCGGGGCUGACCGCCUCCCGCUCUUGCUCUGGGAACGAACACACGGCCGGUCAGUCGAGGAGAGGAAGCACCCAGGGCCUCCCGCCUCCUCCCUACUCAUAGCUGCAGACAUCCCUGCCCGCCCUCCCGCGCAUCAGUCAGACACUCCCCCAGUGGUGUAUGCAUUCGUUGUAUAAAAUGAAGUUUGAAUGAUUAAUAUAAAAUAUUUUAAUACAAAACAA